UAGUUUCUUGCUUCCCUAUCCUUGUUAGCAUAGGAUUUAUCGUAUAAUUGAUGGUUAUAUAUUUGGUUCUUUGUUCUCAAAACGUAACAUUACUUUCUUGUUUUCAUCUACAAUUAAUUGCUCUCCUUCUUCUUUCACAAAUAAGAACAACUCUUUAAUUUCUUUAAUACCAAUUAUCAUGGCAACUUAUCCUUUUGAACGAAGAGAAUAUUUAGAAGAUGUGAUUGAGAGUCAGGGUUUCUAUGUGAUGAACGAUUAUGGAAGGAAGAUACCUUGUGGUAUAAGGAAAAUUGGAGACAAUUCUGAAGCUUUUGAAAAAGCAAAAAAAGCUGCUAUUUUUGCAGUUGAUAAACACAAUGAGAAAUUGGAGAAUUCAUCAAAAUUGAAAUUAUUGAAAAUUGUAAAUAUCAAUUUUGAACCAACUGCUGGAGCAAUUUAUUACAUAACCUUGGCAGCUAUGGAUACUUCUACUGGAAAAAUUCUUCAUUAUCAAGCUAAAGUACUGGAAAAAAUCAACACUGGUUUCAAAGUUGAGAUGUUUCGACUUGCCCCAUAUGUGCCAAAAGUCUCAGAAUAUGAUGAAGAGAAAAAUUGUUGUAUUAGGAUUAAUAAUUUGCAGGACUGGAUGGAUGAGAACUAUCUUUAUUAUAAGUGCUGCUACAUAUUCAAAAAGCUUGUUUCUGUGAAGGUGAUUAAAGAUGAAGAAACUGGAAAAUCAAUGGGCUAUGGUUUUCUUAAUUUCAAAACUCACUCAGUAGCAAUGGAAUUUUCAGAGAGAAAUAAAGGAAAGCCAAUGCCAAAUUCCAACCAAAUUUACUCAUUGGCGUUUGGAAAAAACUGA